GUUGGAAAUGCCCGCCCCCCGAUUCUCCCCUGACCAAACGCGCUGCCACUGACACGGAGCUUCACACUGACCGCUGCCUCUCAAACUGAAUACUGUACAAAAGAGAAAGGUUUUACGGUGGACUGCAGGAUCUUACCAUAUGUGGAGAUAAAUCUCAUUCAACGCUUUUUGGGGCAUGAUAAACUUGUAUUCAUCAACCCACGAGGAACCCCUUCAAACUGGGACACUUGAGUGGAAUAAACCAGCAGAGGGGGAUUCGGGGGGAAGGAAGAGAAGAGGGAUUAGGGGCUUAUCCUGGACAUGACCAAUCCUUAAGGAGCCUCCGUCAAGCUGUACUAUUGCCCAGAUUAUUACAUUUAAUUUAUUGCCUUUUAAAGACCCUUUAUCUCCCCCGGGAGAUUCCUGGCGAGUGGGCCGCUGGAUUUCAGUAUCUUUAAAAACAAAGGAUCAGGAGCAGAGGCCGGUGGGAGUGGAGGAGCAUGAGAAGAUACAUGCAGGGAUAAAGCAACAAGCCUUCCUGCCGCCUUAUACACUUCAGCAGGGUGCAGGUCAAGGGUCACUGAAUGAACUUGGAUUUGGAAAGCAUGCGAUCACAUUGAUUACACAAAUCUGAUUAAGAGCAUGUAGCAGCAGUCUCUCUGGACCUUACUAAAGAAGGAGCACAUGGUUUCAGUCCUAAACCACAAAGAUAUCUGCAGCCCGAGCUGAAUUUAUUUCUGAACUGAUUUUUUUUUUUUCAGAAGCACAAACCCAGAACAACUGGGAAGCCCAGAAUCUUUGACCACAUAAGCAGCAGAGGUUUUCAGGAAUUGGAGUCAUGCAUAUUUUCAGCUCACAUUUAUCUUCACAGAAUCUUUCUGGAUAUGAACAAAGACCGAUGGCCAAAAUGGGACAUAGCUGAAUGCGCCUGCCUUUUGAGAAACCGUGCAAAAGAAACUUUCCACUCAACUGCGGUUGUUAUUCUGCCGAGAUAUUUUAAAGCUUGAAGGGUGAUACGUGUAUAGUUUGCUUUCUUACGGUGUUCUCACCAUUUUUUAAAAAACAAUUUUUGUGGAUAUUUUCUUUCUGACUCUGGAAAUUUACAGUUUGUACCCAGAGAAGCCAUGAACUUGGGCAAGCUCGCUGGCCUGAAGGGCCUGGUUUCCCACUCCUCAGGAAAGCGUCGAUUUAAAGGUGACCUCACCCCGGACAUGAUCAGCCCCCCACUAGGUGACUUCCGCCACACCAUGCACGUGGGCCGUGGAGGGGAUGUGUUUGGGGACACCUCGUUCCUCAGCAACCAUGGUGGUGCAGGAAAUAACGCAGAUGGAGACUCCUCCUCCACUUCAGAGAAGAAUGAGGGAUUCUUCUCCCGCACGCUUCGCCAUGUCCGCAAGACCCCCGACAGGCCCCGCGGUAGCUCCAAGGACCUUUCGCCUCCACCUCCACCCAUUUCUCCAAUCAUUAAGAAUGCCAUUUCCCUCCCCCGGCUGGACGUGGACUCACCCAACGGCUGUCCUGUGAAAGUGCUUUUCCCUAGUCCACCCAAAACACCAGAGAACUCCACAUACUUGUAUGGUUUGGAGUCUGGCUUUGUAACCUUGCCGAGACUGUCCCGCACUGAGCGUCCAGCCCAGGGCAGUUCUCCCUCUGCCUGCCCGCCUGAAAUCCACAGAGGCUCGCUCACAGACACGGGUAUCCCGUCCUUCCCAUGUUCAGACUCCAUCAGUCCUUCUGACUCCAUGAACUCCUUCACUCUUGAUCUGGGCCCUUCCCUCAUGUCUGAAGUCUUUGCCAUGAUUGACAGCCCUGUGUGUGAAACGACCGAUCCCAUCAGUGAAAAAGCACAGUCCACCGAUGAUAACUCUGAGGUGGACUCGGACGCAACCACGUCCUUGGUGGACUCUCUCCUGAGAGAAGACGAUGACGGUAGGACACGGUUGUAUGGAGGAGAGUGGAAGCGUUCAGACUUUGUAAAUGGUGAGUCACCCAAAAAAUCCAUGUUGGGGGAUCGAAUGCGCUCCUUCUCCAUUGAGGAUCAUGGCAUGGAGCCGGAGAGUUUCCAGAGGGCUGCUGAUGUGCUGGCACGUCAUUAUGGGAGUGGAGGACUCAGGAAUACAAACACCAACAACUCUCAUAGGAGAGGACCAUACAGCUAUCCUGAUGAAGAAGAAGAAAUCAAAGUCUAACACCAAAUCGUACAUCACCUUUAAAUGGAUAGUUCAGCCAAAAACGAAUGUUCUUUCAUAAUUUCCGCAGCCUCAUGAUGUUCCAAACCUGAUUCUUUCCUUUGCGAUAUAAUGAAAGGAGUUGCACAGAAUGCCACUUUUUUCAUUAUAAUGUAAUUGAAUGAGGGUUGGGCCUAUCAAGCUCCAUAAUCAUAAAAAAGCACCAUGAAAGUAUCAUAAAUGUAGUCCAUAGUUUUCUGAAACCAUGUUAGUGUACAGUGAGGAACAGACCAAAAUUCCCAAAAGUUAUUAUUGACUUAUGAUAUUCUGUUCCUCUGGGCUGUGAACUGAAUUACUGAGUCACUCGAGCACCAAAUCAGUUCUGGUUCAAAUUUUGAACGAAUCAUCCAGACUGAUUUUCUGUACUGCAUAAACAUUGAAAAGAUAAAGAUAACACUAAAAAGAUAAAGACAAUUUUUUCAGGAAUAUGACAUUGCUACUUCUCCCGUGAACAUGCCACAGACAACUAGGACAGAUGUCAAUGAAUAACAAAAAUAAUUAAUCAUUUAAAGGGAUAU